AUGGGAAGAGAGCGACUUUUGGUUUUAUUGUCUGCUGUCUGCUUCUUAGCUGAAGUCAUGAUGGACCAGUUGCUUAUGGAAAUUCAUGGAGCCCUGAAUACUUCAGUGCUUCUGCCUGGACAGGAUAUUGCUCUAUCAUCUGUCUUCAGUGUAGAAUGGAGAAUCAAGCUGUCCCAAGAGGUCUUGAUCCUGUCCUUCUCUCCCUCAUCCAAGAACUCCUACACUAAUGCAGCUUACCAGCAGCGUAUUUCCUUCUCUCCCACCAACUUCUCCCUCCAGUUUCACAAUUUGCAGUGCACAGAUGAAGGAUUCUAUACCUUGGCCAUUCAGCUCCAAGAGAAGUUUCAAGUGAACAACUACAGGACUCGGCUCACAGUGAGCAUCCCAAUUUCCUCUGUGCUCAUCAUAGCCAGUGAGGUGUCUCCGAGGGCUGGGGCCAACAUCACCCUGAGGUGCUUGGCAGCAGCAGGAAGCCCCGUGAUCUACUCUUGGCAGAGGGUCCACCAGACAUUGCUUCCUGGGAAUCGUUCCAUCCUGUCCCAGGACAACUCCACCCUGACCCUUCUAGAUGUCCAGCUGUGCGAUGAGGGGAAAUAUCGGUGCCUGGCAGAGAACGCCAUCAGUGUGGAGUUUGAAGAAUUCACCUUAAAGCUGAAUGAUGAAGUAACUGAGUUACAGGGAUGUUAUAUCACUUGCCCAAGUCACACAGCAGGUGCUUCUUCUUGCCCAACUUCCAGCUAUGUCAACUACUUUGGAUACCCUGGCUACCUUGGCUACAUUCUGCUCAUAGUCUAUCUCAUCAAGAUGGCAAAAAAAAUCAAGACCAGGCUUUUGGCAACCCAGACAGCACGUGAUACCCAGGCAAGCAGUGAGAGGGGAGGCUACCCAGGGAGUCUGUUUCUAGGAAACUAUUACAUCACUGUUACCCAGGAAGACGAAGAGAGGUGCCAGUUACAGGAUGCAAGAGAAUGGAAACUCCUGGAAGGCAGGAAUGGCAUCAUCAUUGUCAUGAGCUAA